CCUCGCGCCGCCCGGGAAGUAGGGAGAGGAAGGUGCUGUCAUGGAAGACGGUGCAAUGCCCGGGACGGCCCAGGGAGUCACAGAAAACCAAGGAGUUCUGUCGGCGGCAGGUUGGGGAGGAGCCCUGGUGGAGCUCACCCCAACCCCCGGCGGCCUGGCCCUGGUGAGCCCCUACCACACCCACCGGGUCGGAGACCCCUUAGACCUCGUGGCGCUCGCAGAGCAGGUGCAGAAGGCUAAUGAAUUUGUCAGAGCAAAUGCCACCAACAAGCUGACAGUCAUAGCUGAGCAAAUCGAACAUUUGCAAGAACAAGCCAGGAAGGUAUUGGAGGAUGCUCGCAGAGAUGCUGACUUGCACCAUGUAGCUUGUAAUAUAGUGAAAAAACCUGGCAACAUUUACUACCUUUAUAAACGGGAGAGUGGUCAGCGGUAUUUUUCCAUUAUUUCUCCAAAGGAAUGGGGGACAGGUUGUCCACAUGACUUCCUUGGUGCCUACAAGCUACAGCAUGACUUGUCCUGGACUCCGUAUGAGGACGCUGAGAAGCAGGAUGCUAAAAUCAGCAUCGUGAACAAGUUGCUAAGCCAGCCAGUGGCUCUGCCUUCAAGCACUGAACCCAGCUUCCAGGGCUUCACUUCCACUGAGAGUGGACUCUGACAAAGGCUGUCAUGGCUAGGACCUGUCACUCCUUGUUGCCCCAAUCUCUGCCCUGAUGGGAGGUGGCACGAGAGUCGAGGGCAUGUAGGUAAAUCAUGAACUUCUUUGAAGGUGGUCCUGUGUGAAUGUAAACGCUGUCGUUAUUACUUUUAGUUGGGAUGGUAAAGAAUCACAUCAGUCUCUUUUGGGAUCCUCUCCAGGUCACAGAUACUCAACUAGUCAGUUUCAGAGUACUGGCCAGUGUACUUUCCUUCUCCUUUAUCUCCAUCUGUUCUCCCAUAAAUCAGAGCAUUAGAGAAAGAACGGUUUCUUCUUCCCUCGAAAAGAUUGGCAAGUCAUUUUCCAGAGAGGUCUGUUGUUAGUCUCUUAGUAACUAGAAGUGUUUGAGAUUGGGGUUGUGGCUGUUUAACAGGUGGUGCAACUCCAGCUUCAGAUUCGUCUGGGAAGCAGAAUGUUGGGUACUGGCGGAUGAUGAACAGCUUGGCUUGGCUAGCGAGCGAGUGUGUGGUUCUGGUAUUUCUGCACGAUUGAUAAGGUUUGGCUUGUCCCAUUCUGCUCUUUCUGCUGAGCUAGGAUGACUGGAGAAUUUGAGGCAGCAGCAAUGGCCAGGUUUUGGAACAGUCAGCCUCUAAACUCAUAGAAUUUUAGACUUGGAAGAGAUUUUGCAGGCUGCCACUAACAAUGUUAUGAAUCCACUCUCUAGCCCCACUGAGCAGGAGAUCCAGAGUUCCGCCAUCUGCAGCAGGAAGAAUCCAUUAAGUGGCAACUUUAGAAUAUUGUGGAAAAGAGAAUAGGACAGUGGGUAAGAAACAAGAAAAACAGCCAACCUGUUGAUUAUGAGUUAACUCAGAUUAAAAUUCAUUUUGACCUGAAUUAUUCAGGAACUUAACAGAAGCUUUUGGCUGAGUUACUCUAUGCUGAUUCUGACUGAGCUCUUGUGGGACUCUACCUCACUUCCUGUUUGUUCAGUGGAAUUAGCUAAAUUGAUAGCAUAUCCAGCAUUGCUGUACUUCCUUCAGUGCCAUAUAAUCUAUUACAACAUGCUGUAAAAGGAGUGAGAGAUCUGUACUUGAAAUCAAAUUGUCCAAGUUCCUUUCUGGGGAUGAAUGUCCUUUGUGUUGAUCUGCUUGGUAAUGCCACAAUCUCAUCCUGGUGUUAAUGGCCUUUCCUUAUAAGCUUCGCUCCUUGUGAGCUGUAAAUGGUCCACAAAGGCCUAGCAGAGGUUGGGACUAGAUUCUGUCAAGGUCGCACAGAUGAUACGUGGUCACUCAGUUCACAGGAGGAUGCUCUGUGGAGGCAGCCGCGAAAGCCUCUGGCUGGGAGGCUGCAGGAUAUGGGACACACACACACACUAGUGGCAUAGUAGUUGAUUCUUACUACAGAAAGUUUCCCAGAUUUUCAGAAGGUUUUGACUUGCGUGAUAAUGACAUUUUGAGUACGUGCUUUGUUAUCCAUUACUGCAUUAGUUACCACAAACUUAGUGGCUUUAAACAACACACAUUUAUUAUUUCAGAGUUUCUAUGGAUCAGGAGUUCAGGCACACUGAACUGGGUCCUCUGCUUCAGGGUUUCUUUUCUCACAAGGCUGCAGUUGAAUUACUGGCCAGGCCUGUGUCCUCAUCUGAAGGCUCAGCUGAAGAAGGAUCUGUUCCAAGCUCACUUAAAUUUUUGGCAGAAUUUCAGUUCCUCAAGGGUUUGUAGGACUGUGGAGCUCUGUUUACUAAUGAACUGUUAGCCAGAGGCUGCCCUUAGUUCUUUGCUACAUGAGUCUUACCAACAUGGCAACUGUCUUCAUCAAAGCCAACAAGGAUGAGAGUCUGCUAGCAGGAUGGAAGUUAUGGCAGUGACAUCUCAUACCUUGGCUGUGCUCUGUUAAUUAGAAAUAAGUCACUAGGCCAGCCCACACUCAAGGGAGGUAAUUACCUAAGGGUAUGAAUACCAGAAGGUGGAAAUCCUUGAAUCUUAGAAUCUGUAUGCCGCAGUGCUCAGUUGAGAGGGAGAAGGAAGGCGGUGGGUAGAAGAGGCAGUAUUACAAAGUGGUUAGGCUUGGUGGCUUUGAAGUCACAGAUCUGGAUGCGACUCUCAGCUCUGACAAAAUAACCUCCCCCUAGUGUCCCUGCUUCCUCCUCUGGUCCCUUCUCCAGUCCAUUCUGUAUUCAGUCAUCAGCUUGAUCUUUUUUUUUUUUUUUUUUUUAAAUGUGGACCAUUUUUUUAAAGUCUUUAUUGAAUUUGUUACAAUAUUGCUUCUGUUUUUAUGUUUUGGUUUUUUGGCCACAAGGCAUGUGGGAUUUUAGUUCCCCAACCAGGGAUCAAACCCACACCCGCUGCAUUGGAAGGCAAAGUUUUAACCACUGGACCGCCAGGGAAAUCCCGAGCUUGAUCUUUUGAAAAUGCAAAUCCACCUCACCCUUGACAUCUAUCCUAACCACUGGAACAGAGAGCAGUGUGAUUCAGGAGCAAACUUUCUUCCGUUCAAUAAGGUGUGCUCCUGGCACUGACCACCAGGUGGUGUCAUUGCAAUUUCCUGGUUGUCUUGAAAAUGCAAACCGACCUCACUUUAAAAAAUUUUUUUACUUUGUUACAAAGGAUAUUGCAUUUUUAAUUUUUGUGAAUACUGCUACAGAUCCACCUCACCCUUGACAUUUCCUAACCACUGGAGCAGAAAAGAACAGUGAUUCAAGAGCAAACUUUCUUUUGUUCAAUAAGGUGUGCUCCCUAGACUAACCACCAGGUAGUGCCAUUGUGCUUUCCUGAUGAAGCCAGUUACCAAGCUUAGAGAAAGUGGCACUGUGAAGUGAUUUUGGAGAUAGCAUCUCCUAGGGGUACUAGGACCCAGUGAUUAUAAACAGUAACCAUUUUUCAUUCAUCCAUCCAUCUAUCCAUCCAUAAGUGAGUAAUACUUAAUUACUGAGUAUUAAGUGCCUUCCAGGUUCCAGAUUCUGGAGAAUGACACAGGUGAGUAAGACAGGUCCCUAUUUCCAGGAAGCUCACGGUCUAGUGGGGGAGAAAGCAAGUCAGCCAUUACAACAUGGUAUAAGAAGGACUGUGAUAGAGGUGCACAUGGAAUAUCAUGGAGCAGCGGGGAGGGCUGCUUAACCCAGCCUGGAGAAUUUGAGAAGACUUUUUGGAAGAGCUGACACCUGCUUGGGUGUUGAAAAAGAAACAAGAGUUAGAGCUUGUUUGGAGGCUCCAACUGUCGUCUCUGUAGGAAGGUUGUCUUUGGGGGUUAGGGUAGGGUUUAUUUUUGGAUGGAGUUUAUUUGUGAAUGAACAGAGGGAUAUCCACUUAACAAGCCAUAUCAACCAGAGUAAUCCUGCCAGUCAGGAAGGGUGGAGUGAGAUAGGUCCCAGCCAGAACACUCUUACUUCUAACAGCUAGGAGAUAGGUAGAUGAGGAAUAGGAUGAAAAGCAAUUCUAGACAAAAAAUAGCACGUGAGGGGCACUGACAAGAAGCAAUAUGACAUUUGGGGAAUUGCAGCUGAAAGUGAAGAAUAUUGGCCAGGCGGGUAUGAGAGGAGAGCUAAUUGAAGGGUUAGGGGUAGGGAGUUGGUAAAAUUGGCCUUUUUAGAAAGCUCAUCUUGGCAGUGGAGGAUGAGUUGGGGAGAAACCACUGGGAGCCUCCAACCCAGUCCAGGCAAGAGAUGUUGGAGGUCUGAACAAAGAUGGUGAUGGACUGAGAGGUGUUGUAUUUCAUCAACUGUAAACGUACUUUUCUUCCCCCACGUUUUAAUCUCUCAGACCUAGAUGCUUCUAGAUGUCAGUAGUAUGUCAUCGUUUAAUAAUGGUUUGUCUUAACAGUGGAUGGCAUCUUAGGCUUGAUGAAGUAUGGCAUUUUGAAAGUACAAUAGAUCACCAUCUUGUUAACUAAUACGAUGUGGCAGAAUGAGUGGAAGGAAAGAAUCUUAGAUAAUGCUUGAAUUUCUGGCUUGAGAGUGUGGAUGGUGGGAAUCCACUCAACAAAAUGUGGAAGAGGAAGACAUCCCUGCUAUUUUCCAAAAUAAUUAGCAAUCUGUAUUUGCCUCAAUAAUCCACCAUGCUGGCCCUGCCUGGUUCACUGGGUGUAACAGCUGACACUACCUCCUUUUCUCCACAUUAGCAUUCCAGAAGGAGGGAAAGAAGGCUUGUGUCCUUACCUUCUCAUAUCAGUCAGUCCACAAGUAUUGAGAGUAUUGGUGGUGUAGACACAAAGAUGAUAAAUACUGUUUAGUGAGCUUUUAUUCUGCCAAGCAUAGCCACUGUUUGAUUUAAUCUUUAUAUAAUCCACCAUCUAUGAGGUAUUAUACAGUAUUCCUAUUUUACAGAGCUGGGACGUCUCAGAGAUUAAGCAACUGGCCCAUGGUUACACAGAUAAAAAGUGGCAGAGGUCAGGCUCAGACAUUCCUAUUUGAUUAAAGUCUGACCAUAGCUAUAACCAUAACCUGUUUUGGCCGAUUAGGACAGUCCUAGAAUAUCUCUACAUAGAGGUGUGAAGAAGUUAAAAUACAAAAGUGACAGAGUAACAUGUGCAUAUGGGAUACUAUAGGAGUAGUUCACUUGAGUGUUUAGUGAUGAGCAUGCAGACGGUGUAUAUCAAGGUCCAGAGAAGAUAAGUAACUUACCUAAGGUCACACAACUUAAAAACAAUUGAGCCCACAUCUCUGGCACUAAAGCCCAUGUGCAAACAAACCCCCCACAUACAAGAGAAGGUUCAUUCCCUAAAGGAGCCAGAGCUUGGGAGGAAGGAGCUACCAAGUGCCUGGAGUAAUUAGACUUCUGUGGUCCAAGCAGCAUUUGAUUCAGCGGACUACUUCCUACUCGAAAGCUUUGUUCUUCAUUUUGAUUUGGAAUAUUACCAUCUUCUGCUUCACUGACUGCAUCUUUUCUGUCUCCUGACACUUAUAGUUUGGACUGCUCUGGGGCCAAGUCUUUGGCCCUCUUUUCUUUCUCUACUAGGUAAUCUAAUCAUUUCCCAUGGCUUUAAAUGCCACCCGUAUGCUCUUGACUCACAUGUGUGUCUCCAGUCCUGAUCCCUCCCUGAGUUUUAUGCAGACUUCAUUUAUCCAACAGCUUCACUUGAUGUCAUUACAAACCUAACAUGUCCAAAAUGGAAGUCUUGAGUUAUACCCCAAACCUGUUUUGUUACCAGUCCCUCUGUUUCCAUCAGCACCUGUGUCACACUGCUGUUAAGGCCAGAAACCCAAGUCAUCCUGAUUCUGUUUGUUCUUCCCACACCAAUCAGCAAGUCUUCUCAGCUCUGUCUUCAAAAUACAUCCCACAUCUGACUGCUGCUCACCACCUCCACCCCUCCUCCCUUAGUCCAGACCACCAACAUCUCUAGCCUGGAUGAAUGCAGUAGCCUCCUAACUUGCCUCCCUGCCUCCAUUCUCACCCUCCUUCAUUCUGUUUCCACAGAGACUGUAGUCAUCCUUUUAAAAAUGUGAGGUUAUAAUACCUCUGUAAAAAAUGACCCCCAAGUUUCUCAUUACACUUAGAAUAAAGUCCAGACUUGCCAAGGUU